UGGAAAUUUAACCUGGACCGAAUUACAGAGAACACCCCGCUGCAAACUCUCGUGUCUGUGCGAAAACAGACAAUAGUCAUUACUUUCCCCGCUGGCAUAGUUUCUAAUGAUCACAUUAGGAAUUCGUUCAGAGCAAUGACAAUGUUGGGAAUGUAUGUGCCAGAUAGAUUUUCUUUGAAAUCAUCUAAUGUCCAGGAUGGAGUCGGGCUUUACACGGCGAGACGAGUGAAAAAGGGGGAAAAGUUUGGCCCUUUUGCUGGAGAGAAGAAACUACCGAGUGAGCUGGAUGAGAGCACAGACACCAGACUGAUGUGGGAGGUCCGAGGUAAUAAAGGCAAUGUGCUCUAUGUUUUGGAUGCCAGUAACCCUCGCCAUGCCAACUGGCUGCGUUUUGUCCAUCAGGCGCCAUCACAAGAGGAGAAGAACCUGGCAGCAAUCCAGGACGGAGAGAAUAUCUUCUACCUGGCAGUGGACGACAUUGAGACAGACAGAGAGCUGCUGAUAGGCUACCUGGACAGUGAUAUGGAGGAAGAGUCAGAGGAGGAGGCAGAGGAAAUCAUCAAAUAUGAAGAUGAAAAUAGCAAAGAUGCCAAACAUCUCGUUGAAAUGGAGCUGUUGAUCAAGAAGGAGGACCACCCGUGCCUGCUGUGUGAGAGCAGCUUCCCUAGUGAGGAGAUCCUAGCAGCCCACCUCCAGACCCUCCACCAGAGACCCAGUACUGAGGAGAAGGAGUACAAGUGCAGGAACUGUGGCAAGAAGUUCCCCAUCAAACAAGCCCUGCAGCGCCAUGUUCUGCACUGUGCGGAGACCCUGGGUCCUUCAGGAGACUCUUCCAGAGCCCACCACCAGUGUUCCCUCUGCUACAUCACCUUCAGCUCAGAGUCCAGUUAUGACCAGCACAAGGAGGCGUGUAGAGGAGACGCCAGGUUCAUCUGUAAGGCUGAGAGUUGUGGGAAGAGGUUCAAGAGCAAAGACUCUCUGAAGAAACACAAAGGGAACGUCCACACAGGAAGUUCCAGGCGGAAGCUCAUGUGCACCAUCUGCAACAGGAAAUGUUCCUCCUUACUGAACCUCCAGGAACAUCGCAAGGUACAUGAGAUAUUCGACUGUGCUGCCUGCGACAAGAAAUUCAUCUCGAUCAAUCAGCUCAAGCGCCACAUGAUCACUCACUCAGAGAAACGUCCAUAUACCUGUGAGAUCUGCAGUCGUUCGUUCAAGCGUCUGGACCAGGUGACGGCCCAUAAGAUCAUCCACAGUGAGGAAAAGCCCUACAAGUGUAAGCUUUGUGGGAAGGAGUUUGCCCACAGGAACGUCUACAAGAACCACAAGAAGACUCACUCAGAGGAGAGGCCGUUCCAGUGUGAGGAGUGCAAGGCCCUGUUCCGCACCCCCUUCUCUUUACAGCGCCACCUGCUCAUCCACAACAGUGAGAGGACAUUUAAGUGUGACCAAUGUGAUGCCACCUUCAAGAGAAAAGACACGCUCAACGUGCACAUCCAGGUGGUGCACGACGGACACAAGAAGUACAAGUGUGACCUGUGUGAGAAGGCCUUCGUCACCCCCUCUGUUCUCAAGAGCCACAAGAAGGAGAUGCCCCCCAGUCUGGAGCUCAGAGAAAAGACUGACCUGAGUGUGUUUGAGGAGCAAGGAGAGAAAGCGGGAUGA